AUGGCUGAAGAUCUUGAAUUAAAUGAUCCUCGGAUCUAUUUUGUUGCUGAUUAUGUUCUUAAAACUCUUAAAUUAAAAUCUGAUAAAUUUGCUAAAAUGUAUGGUGUAGAAGAAAAUAAAAUUUUAUUACAUGAAUUUUUUGAUAAAGCGGAUUCACCAAUACUUAUUAUUCAAUAUACAGCAGCUGGUUCACUUCAACCAACUGUCUUAUUUCCAAAUGUAUUAAAGAAUAAAUCAUGUUAUUUUAUUAAAAAACGUCGUGAAAAUAUUCCAAGAGAUGCUAUCUUACGAGAUGUUAUUAUGUAUGGUGAUUUAUCAACAUCACCUGUUGAUCAACUUUCAGCAAUGGUUGAUGAAUUAUUGAUUCCUCUACUUCAAAAUCCAUCAAAUAAUGAAGCAUGGCCAAAAGUACUUUCACAAGAUAUUCUUCGUCAUGCAAUGGGUAUUAAAAAUAAAGUACAUAUAUUAAAUGGACAAAUGAAAGGAAAAACACUUUUACCGGUUCCUGCUGGCGCUGAACGUGCUGCAGAUGAUACUGCAAAUGGACAACAAGAAAAUGGUCAUGCUGCUACAGUUGAUAGUAAUUUAUUACAUGCCAUUGAAUCUGUUGUUAUUGAAUGGUCACAUCAAGUUCAAGAUGUAUUAAAAAAAGAUUCAUCACAAGCAUUACUUGAUGGUGGUAGUCCACUUCCAGGUGUUGAAGUCGAAUUUUGGCGAUCAAGAUUUAAUAAUUUAUUAAAUAUUCAUGAACAAUUAAAUGAUGCACGAGUAAAAAAAAUGGCUGAACUAUUACGAAAAACAAAUUCAAGUUAUUAUCCAGCAUUUGAAUCAUUAUUAAAUGAUGUUAGUGAUGCAUUAGAUGAAGCUAAAGAAAUUGAUAUUUUUCUUAAACCAGUUGCACAACAUUUUGAUGGAGUUGAAACAACAGAUUUUGGUGAAACUGAAUCACUUUAUGGACCUAUGUUUCAUACACUUUGUCUUAUGUGGGCUAAUUGUAAAGCAUAUCGACGACCAGCACGUAUUAUUGUUUUACUACAAGAAUUAAAUAAUCUUAUUAUGAAACAAGCUUCAGAAUUUAUGGAACCACUUGAUUUAUUUAAAGGUGAACCCGAUGAAUCGAUGGAAAAAAUCAAUCAAACUGUUCGAUCACUUGAAGCAUAUCAAUCAGCAUAUUUACAAUAUAAAUCUAAUUUAAAAAAUUAUUUUAAAAAUGGUGAAAUAGUUAAAGAAUUUGAUUUUGCACCAAAAUUAGUUUUUGCUAAAUGGGAUAAAUUUAUGGAACGUGUACGAAUUAUUCAAGAUUUAUUUCAAACAGCUGCUGAAUUUCUUCGCUUAGAAAAAGUUGAAAUUGGAGGUGUCAAAGGCAAAACACUUAGUUCACUUGUUCUAAAUAUUUUUGAACAAUUUAAAGAAGAAUUUGAAAAAAUGAGCAAUAAAAAAUAUGAUCCAUUAGAUCCAGCUUGUAUCGAAUUUCUCGAUGAUAUUGCACAUUUUAAACAUUUUCUUAAAGAUAUGGAACUUAAAUUAGCUUCUAUAAUUAAUCAAGCAUUUGAUGAUUCAAAUAGUCUUACUAGUCAAUUUAAACUUAUUUCAAUACUUGGUUCAAUGCUUGAAAGACCAACAAUUCAUGAUGCAUUCGUUCGAAAUUAUCAUCGUUUAACAUUUGCUGUUGAACAAGAAGUUGAUGCAUGUCAUGAAAUUUAUGAAAGACAAAUGGCUUAUAAAAAAGAACAUGGAACAAUUGAAUUACAUCGAAAUAAACCACCAAUUGCAGGUUCAAUAGAAUGGGUCGAUGAAAUGAAAGAUCGUAUCAAUGAACCAGUUGAUGCAUUUACAAAACUUGAUUAUGCUGCUAAAGAUACUGAUGAUGGAAAACGUGUUUUAGCAAAAUAUGAAGAAAUUCUUCAAUUACUUGAUGCAUUUGCUAAAAGUAUAUUUGAUGAUUGGUCGAAAAGUGUUGGUCAAGCAGCUAAUUUUAAUCUUAAACAAAAUUUACUUACACGAAAUCCAGAAACACAUAUUAUAACAACAAAUUUCGAUCCACAACUUAUCGGUGUUUUACGUGAAGUUAAAUAUAUGCAACAAACAAAAGCAGGUAAUACUGCAAAUAUUCCUGAAGAAGCAACUAAAAUGUAUCAAGAAAAUGAAAAAUUUGUUAAUUAUGUUACUAAUCUUGAUUAUACAACAAAAUCAUAUAAUAAAGUUCGUAUGACAAUACUUGAUGUAGAAAAACCGCUUGUUGAAAAACAAUUAGAAGAAAUUGAUAAAAAAUUAUUACGUGCUGAAAAAGAAUUAUCAUGGUCAACAGCAGAAAUUUGGGAAUAUAUAAAAACAACUCGUGCAGAAGUUCAUGAUUUAGAAAAUCGUUUACAUAAUGCAAAAGCAAAUGUUGAACAAAUUCAACGUUUAAUGUCAACAUGGCAAGAUGUACCAUUAUAUAAACGUUCCGAAGGAAAAUCCACAUUACUUUAUUUAGAUGAUAAAGAACAACGUUUAAAUAAUCGUUAUAAAGAAGUUGAUGAAACAGGAAAAAAAAUUCAUGGUUUAUUAAAAGAAAAUGGUGAAUUACUUAAAGUUGAAAAUUAUGAUAAUGAUGCAUGGAAAAAUUAUGUUGAUUAUGUUGAUCAAAUGGUUUUAGAAGGAUUUAGAAAAAUAAUUAAUUGUAAUUUAGUAUUUUUCUUACGUGAAACUGAUUCAGCUCAAAAUCCAGAUCCACUUUUUGAAUCACAAUUACAAUUACAAGCACCAAAUAUGUUAUUCCAUCCAUCGAUGGAUGAAAAUGAUAAAAAUACGUUUUCAGAAUUAAUUGAAGAUUUACUUGAUACAAUCUAUAAGCAAGGUUCAUUAAUACCACGUCUUGCUGCUCAUAUAAAUCAAGCUAAUUAUCAAGAUGCACUUGAACAUAUGCAAGAUUUAGCUGAUUUACGUACAGAUUUUAUUGAUCGUGUUCAUGCUGUUAUUGCUAAAGCUAAUGAAUAUCGAGCAUUAUUUAAUAAAUAUGCUUAUUUAUGGGUUGAUGAUCGACAAGAAUUUAUGAGACAAUUUUUACUUUAUGGUCAUGUUUUAACACAAGAAGAAAUCGAAGCAAAUGCUGAACAAGGUGUUCCACAAAAUCCACCAACAUUACAACAAUUUAAAGAACAAGUUGAUACAUAUGAAAGUAUUUAUGAAGAAGUUAGUAAAUUUGAAGAUACUAAAAUAUUAGAUAAAUGGUUUCGUGUUGAUUCUCGACCAUUCAAACAAGCUUUACUUAAUAUUGCUAAGAAAUGGUCAUUUAUGUUCAAACAACAUCUUAUGGAUGAUGUUACAAACAGUUUACAAGAAUUAGCUGAUUUUAUUAAAUUACACGACAAAGGUUUAAAUGUUACUGUAAAUGAAGGUGAUUAUGAUUCAUUAGUUGGAGUUAUGUCUCAUCUUGGUGCUGUACGUGAAAAACAACCAAUGUUUGAUGUUAUGUUUGAGCCAUUAAAACAAAAACUUGAAUUACUUAAAUCGUAUGGACAAGAAAUAAAUGAUGAUGUAUAUGAACGUUUAAAUGCUUUACCAGAAAAAUGGGCUAAUACAAAGAAACUUGCACUUAAUGUUAAACAACAAGUUGCACCAUUACAAACCAAUGAAGUUGCAAAUCUUCGUCGAAAAGUUGCUAAUUUCGAUGUACGACAAUAUGAAUUUCGAGAGAAAUUUCGUAAAGAUUUACCAUUUUCAUAUGAUCAAACACAUGUCUAUAGAAAAUUGGAUCAAGGUCAUAUUGAUAUAUCAACAAUGGAACGUGAAAUGCAAAUGUUAAACGAUUCAGCUGCUCUAUUUGAAGUAACAGUACCAGACUUCAAACAAGUUAAACAAUGUCGUAAAGAAAUUAAAUUACUUAAACAACUUUGGGAUUACAUUUGUUUGGUUCGAACUACAUUUGAUGAUUGGAAAAAAACAAAAUGGCGUGAAAUUAAUGCUGAAACGAUGGACCAAGAAUGUAAAAAAUUUGCAAAAGAUAUUCGAGCUUUGGAUAAAGAAAUGCGUGCUUGGAAUGCAUAUUCUGGUCUUGAUGAUGCAGUUAAAAAUAUGAUGACAUCAUUACGUGCUGUAACUGAAUUACAAAAUCCAGCUAUUCGAGAACGUCAUUGGCUUGAAUUAAUGAAAGCAACUGGUGUUAAAUUUGAAAUGACUGAUUCAACAACAUUUGCUGAUUUACUUGCAUUACGUUUACAUCAAUAUGAAGAUGAAGUUAAAAAUAUUGUUGAUAAAGCUGUUAAAGAAAUGGCUAUGGAAAAAGUUUUACGUGAAUUAGAUAAUACAUGGAAAACAAUGGAAUUUACACUUGAACCACAUACACGUACUAAAUUACCAUUGAUUGCUGUACAAGAAGAAUUAAUUGAAGUCUUAGAAGAAAAUCAAGUACAAUUACAAAAUAUGUUAACAUCGAAAUAUAUUGCACAUUUUCUUAAAGAAGUUACUGAUUGGCAACGAAGCUUAUCACAAGCUGAUCAAGUUAUACAUAUAUUAAUUGAAGUACAAAAAACUUGGUCACAUUUAGAAUCAAUUUUUAUUGGUUCACAAGAUAUUCGAAAUCAAUUACCAGAAGAUUCAGCUAGAUUUGAUACAAUUGAUAAAGAUUUUCGUCAAAUAGCUAGUGAAAAUCAACAAAAUUUAAAUGUUGUUCAUUGUACAAAUCGUCCAAAAUUAAAUGAUCGUUUAGAAGAUAUUAAAUCACGUUUAUCAUUGUGUGAAAAAGCACUUGCUGAUUAUUUAGAAACAAAACGAUUAGCUUUUCCAAGAUUUUAUUUCGUUUCGGCUGCUGAUUUACUUGAUAUAUUAUCAAAUGGUAAUGAACCUGAAAAAGUUAUGCGUCAUUUAACAAAAUUAUUUGAUUCAAUGUCUAAAUUAAAACUAACAGAAGAACGUGGAGCUACAAUUAAAGAAGCAACAGCUAUGUGGGCUAAAGAUGGAGAAUAUAUGACAUUUCCAUCACCGUGCGAUCUCAGUGGACAAGUUGAAGUUUGGCUUAAUCGACUUCUUGAAAAACAAUGUGAAACAGUUCGAUAUCAUUUAACUGAAGCUGUUGGUGCAUACGAAGAAAAACCACGUGAUCAAUGGAUUAUGGAUUAUCAAGCACAAGUAGCUUUAACUGGUUCACAAAUUUGGUGGACAGUUGAAGUUUGUUCAGCAUUUGCUAAAUUAGAAGAAGGUUAUGAAAAUGCUUUAAAAGAUUUUUAUCGUAAACAAGUAACACAAUUAAAUGCAUUAAUUGUACAUUUACUAACUGAUCUUACACCAGGUGAUCGACAAAAAAUUAUGACUAUUUGUACAAUUGAUGUCCAUGCUCGUGAUGUUGUAAUGAAAUUAGUAGCAACUAAAUGUGAAAGUGUAAAUGAUUUUAUGUGGCAAUGUCAAUUAAGACAUCGAUGGGAUGAUAAAGAAAAAGAUUGUUUUGCUAAUAUUUGUGAUGCACAAUUUCGUUAUGCUCAUGAAUAUCUAGGUAAUCAACCGCGUUUAGUUAUAACACCAUUAACAGAUCGAUGUUAUAUUACAUUAACACAAUCAUUGCAUCUUAUUAUGGGUGGUGCACCAGCUGGACCAGCUGGAACAGGUAAAACUGAAACAACAAAAGACUUAGGUCGAGCAUUAGGUAUUAUGGUCUAUGUAUUCAAUUGUUCUGAACAAAUGGACUAUAAAUCAAUUGGUAAUAUUUACAAAGGACUAUCACAAACUGGUGCUUGGGGAUGUUUUGAUGAAUUUAAUCGAAUAUCAGUUGAAGUACUUUCUGUCAUUGCUGUACAAGUUAAAUCAAUUCAAGAUGCAAUUCGUGAAAAGAAGACACGAUUUUUAUUUAUGGGUGAAGAAAUUCGUCUUAAUCGUACAGUUGGUUUAUUUAUUACUAUGAAUCCUGGUUAUGCAGGUCGAACAGAAUUACCAGAAAAUUUAAAAGCAUUAUUUCGUCCAUGCGCUAUGGUCGUACCAGAUUUUGAUUUAAUUAGUGAAAUUAUGAUGGUCGCUGAAGGUUUUACUGAUGCUCGUUUAUUAGCUCGAAAAUUUAUAACUCUUUAUUCAUUAUGUAAAGAACUUCUAUCUAAACAAGAUCAUUAUGAUUGGGGUUUACGAGCUAUUAAAUCUGUACUUGUCGUAGCUGGUGCUCUUCGUCGAUCAGAUCCCGGUCGACCCGAAGAUCAAGUAUUAAUGCGUGCAUUACGUGAUUUUAAUAUUCCAAAAAUUGUCACCGAUGAUAUGCCUGUAUUCAUGGGUUUAAUUGGUGAUCUAUUUCCAGCUCUUGAUGUACCACGUAAACGAAAUCUUGAUUUUGAAAAAUUAAUUAAACAAGCAACAGUUGAUUUAAAACUUCAACCCGAAGAUUCAUUUAUACUUAAAGUUGUUCAAUUACAAGAAUUAUUUGAAGUACGUCAUUCAGUAUUUAUUGUUGGUAAUGCUGGUACAGGAAAAUCUCAAAUAUGGAAAGUAUUAAAUCGUACAUAUCAUAAUCAAAAACGUAAACCAAUUGCUGUUGAUCUUAAUCCUAAAGCUGUUACAAACGAUGAACUUUUUGGUAUUAUUAAUCCAGCAACACGAGAAUGGAAAGAUGGAUUAUUUUCUACCAUAAUGCGAGAUCUUGCUAAUUUGACAUCUGAUGGACCUAAAUGGAUUGUACUUGAUGGUGAUAUUGAUCCAAUGUGGAUUGAAUCAUUAAAUACAGUUAUGGAUGAUAAUAAAGUGUUAACAUUAGCUAGUAAUGAACGUAUACCAUUAAAUCCAACAAUGCGUCUUCUUUUUGAAAUUAGUCAUUUACGUACAGCUACACCAGCCACAGUAUCACGUGCUGGUAUUUUAUAUAUAAAUCCGGCUGAUCUUGGUUGGAAUCCACAAGUUGCAACAUGGAUUGAAACACGUGAAAUACAAUCUGAACGUGCUAAUUUAACAAUACUUUUUGAUAAAUAUGUCCCAAUGUGUUUAGAUGCUGUUAAAAGUCGUUUUAAAAAAAUUACACCUAUUGUUGAAGGUGCACAUAUACAUAUGUUAUGUCGUUUACUUGAAUGUAUGUUAACAUUAACAAAUACACCAGCUGAUUGUCCAAAAGAAUUAUAUGAACUUUAUUUUGUAUUUGCUUGUGUUUGGGCAUUUGGUUCAGCUUUAUUUCAAGAUCAAAUAACUGAUCAUAGAUUAGAAUUUUCAAAAUGGUGGAUUACAGAAUUUAAAACAAUUAAAUUUCCUGUACAAGGUACAGUUUUUGAUUAUUAUAUUGAUCCAGAAACGAAAAAAUUUGAACCAUGGACCAAACUUGUACCUAAAUUUCGAUUGGAUAGUGAAAUGCCAUUACAAUCAGUAUUGGUACCAACAGCUGAAACAACUCGUAUUCGAUAUUUUAUGGAUUUACUUUUAGAAAAAGGAUGGCCAAUUAUGUUAGUGGGUAAUGCUGGUUGUGGUAAAACUGUAUUAAUCAAUGAUAAAUUAGCUUCACUUAAUGAAGAUUGGCUUGCUGUUUCAGUACCAUUUAAUUUCUAUACAACAAGUGAAAUGCUUCAAUCAAUUUUAGAAAAACCAUUAGAAAAGAAAGCCGGUCGAAAUUAUGGUCCACCUGGUAGUAAAAAAAUCGUCUAUUUUAUUGAUGAUAUGAACAUGCCAGAAGUCGAUCAAUAUUAUACAUGUCAACCACAUACACUUCUUCGUCAACAUCUUGAUUAUAAACAUUGGUAUGAUCGUCAAAAAUUAACAUUAAAAGAAAUUCACAAUUGUCAAUAUGUAAGUUCAAUGAACCCAACAGCUGGUUCAUUUACAAUUGAUACACGUUUACAACGACAUUUUGCUGUAUUUGCUGUUUCAUUUCCUGGAAUGGAAGCACUUGAAACAAUUUAUGUUGGUAUUUUAUCUCAACAUUUAGGUCAAGGUUUUGCACAACAAGUACAAAAAUAUGCAACUAGUCUUGUACGUGGUGCACUUGAACUUCAUCGUCGUAUAACAGUAUUAUUUUUACCAACAGCUAUUAAAUUUCAUUAUAUAUUUAAUCUUCGUGAUUUAUCCAAUAUAUUUCAAGCAAUUCUUUUUGCUAAACCAGAAGCAAUUAAAACACAUAAUGAUUUAGUAAGAAUUUAUUUACAUGAAUCUGAACGUGUUUAUUGUGAUAAAUUAGUUGAACGUGCUGAUAUUGAUACAUUUGUUAAAUUACAACGUGAAGUUGCGAAGAAAUCAUUUGAAGAUCUUGAUGAAGAAUAUGCAUUUAAAAAACCAAAUAUCUAUUGUCAUUUUGCUCUUGGUGUUGGUGAUCCAAAAUAUAUGCCUAUUGAUAAUUGGCCACAUUUACAAAAAUUAUUAAAUGAUGCAUUAGAUGCAUAUAAUGAAUUAAAUGCACAAAUGAAUUUAGUACUUUUUGAAGAUGCUAUGACACAUGUUUGUCGUAUUAAUCGUAUAUUAGAAGCACCACGUGGUAAUGCUUUAUUAAUUGGUGUCGGUGGUAGUGGAAAACAAAGUUUAGCAAGAUUAGCAGCUUCAAUUAGUUCAUUAGAAGUUUUUCAAAUAACUCUUCGAAAAGGUUAUAGUAUUAAUGAUUUGAAAACAGAUUUAGCUGCAUUGUAUAUAAAAGCAGGACAAAAAGGAAUAGGAACUGUUUUUCUUAUGACAGAUUCACAAGUAGCUGAUGAAAAAUUUUUAGUCCUAAUUAAUGAUAUGUUAGCAUCAGGAGAAAUUCCAGGUUUAUUUGCUGAUGAUGCUAUUGAAGAAAUAAUUGGAGCAUUGAGAAAUGAAGUUAAAUCACAAGGUAUUGAUGAUACAAGAGAAAAUAUUUGGAAAUAUUUCAUUGAAAAAGUUCGACGUAAUCUUAAAGUCGUAUUAUGUUUCUCACCUGUGGGUACAACACUUCGAGUACGAUCACGAAAAUUUCCAGCUAUUACAAAUUGUACUUCGAUCGAUUGGUAUCAUGAAUGGCCAGAAGAAGCUUUAAUAUCUGUCGCUAAUCGAUUCGUCAGUGAUGUUGAUACACUCAAACCUGAACUAAAAGAUUCCGUUGCGAAAUUUAUGGCAUUUGUACAUAAAAGUGUCAACGAGAUGAGUAUCUCUUAUCUACAAAAUGAUAAACGAUACAAUUAUACAACACCAAAAUCUUUUCUUGAACAAAUUACAUUAUAUAAAAAUUUAUUAGCGAAGAAAACUCGUGAAUUACAAGAAAAAAUUAAUCGUUUAGAAAGUGGUCUUGUUAAAUUACAAUCAUGUGCACGACAAGUUGAUGAUUUAAAAGAUAAAUUAGCUGCACAAGAAAUUGAACUUAAACAAAAGAAUGAUGAUGCUGAUAAACUUAUUAAAGUUGUUGGAACUGAAACAGAAAAAGUAAGCAAAGAAAAGGAAAUUGCUGGUGUUGAACAAGCUAAAGUUGCUGAAAUUGAAAAAACUGUUACAGCUAAAGCAGAAGAUUGUGGACGUGAUUUAGCUCGUGCAAUGCCUGCUUUAAAAGCAGCUGAAGAAGCUUUAAAUACAUUAGAUAAAACAAGUUUAACUGAAAUGAAAGCUUUUCCUAAUCCUCCUGAAGCUGUCCUUAAAGUCGGUGCUGCUGUAAUAUGUUUAUUACCACCAGGUGGCAAAAUUCCUCGGCCAGCUCAACGUGAUUGGAAAGCUUGUAAAGCAAGUAUGGGUAACGUCGAUCAAUUUCUUCGUAAAACUUACGAUAAAGAACAUAUUCGUGAUGAUAUGCGUCGUGAAGUUAAACCUUAUGUUGAUGAUCCAGAUUUUGAUCCAGAUAAAAUUCGAACUAAAUCAGCUGCUGCUGCUGGUCUUUCUGCUUGGGUUAUCAAUAUACUUUUAUUUUAUGAAGUUUAUUGUGAAGUCGAACCGAAACGUUUAGCUUUAGAAAAAGCUAAUUCUGAUUUAAGAGCUGCACGAGAGAAACUUGAGGUUGUUAAUCGACAAGUUGCGCAAUUAGAAGAAGCUUUAGCUAAAUUAACAGCUGAAUAUGAUGCAGCUAUGUCAGCUAAACAGAAAUGUCAAGAAGAAGCUGAUCGUACAGCUUAUACAAUUAAUUUAGCUAAUCGUUUAGUUAAUGGUCUUGCAUCAGAAAAUAUUCGUUGGCGUGAUUCAGUUGCAGGCUUUAGAAAAUCCGAAGAAACAACACCAGGAGAUGUUUUAUUAAUAACAGCAUUUGUCUCUUAUGUUGGUUGUUUUACAAAAUUAUAUCGAGUUGAUCUAAUGGAAAAUAUCUGGAGACCACAAUUAUCUGCAUUAAAAACACCAAUUCCAGUUACACCGGAUAUUGAUCCAUUGACAUUAGUUGUUGAUGAUGCUGUUGUUGCUGGAUGGAAUAAUGAAGGUUUACCAUCAGAUCGUAUGUCAACUGAAAAUGCAACAAUUCUUACGACAUGUGAACGAUGGCCAUUGAUGAUUGAUCCACAACUACAAGGUAUUAAAUGGAUUAAGCAACGUUAUGGUGAACGUAUUAAAGUAAUUCGAUUAGGUCAAAAAGGUUAUUUAGAUAAAAUUGAACAAGCUAUAGCAGCUGGUGAUAUUCUCUUAAUUGAAAAUAUUGAUGAAUCAAUUGAAGCUGUACUUGAUCCAUUACUUGGACGAAAUACAAUUAAAAAAGGUCGAGCUAUUAAAUUAGGUGAUAAAGAAAUUGAAUAUCAUCCGGAUUUUCGACUUAUUUUACAAACAAAACUUGCUAAUCCACAUUAUAAACCUGAAAUGCAAGCUCAAACAACAUUAAUUAAUUUUACAGUUACAAAAGAUGGUCUUGAAGAUCAAUUAUUAGCUGAUGUUGUUGCAAAAGAACGUCCAGAUCUUGAACGAUUAAAAUCUGAUUUAACUAAACAACAAAAUGAAUUUAAAAUUACUUUAAAACGUCUUGAAGAUAAUCUUUUAGCUCGUUUAUCAUCUGCUGGUGCAAAUUUUCUUGGUGAUACUGAAUUAGUUGAAAAUUUAGAAAGUACAAAACGAACUGCUACCGAAAUCGAAGAAAAAGUCGGUGAAGCUAAAAUAACGUCUGUUAAAAUUGAUGAAGCACGUGAAUUAUAUCGUCUUGCAGCAGCACGUGCUAGUUUAGUCUAUUUUAUAAUGAAUGAUCUUUGUCGUAUACAUCCGAUGUAUCAAUUUUCUUUGAAAGCAUUUAAAGUUGUUUUUGCUAAUGCUAUUGAAAAAGCUGAACCAUCUGAGGAUGUAAAAGCUCGUGUAAAUAAUUUAAUUGAAUCAAUAACAUAUUCAACAUUUAUUUAUACAACUCGUGGCUUAUUUGAAAAGCAUAAACUUAUAUAUACUUCACAAAUGUCAUUUUUGGUUUUACUUGCUGCUAAAGAAAUUGAUCCAAAAGAACUUGAUUUUCUACUUCGAUAUCCAGUUAUACCUAAUGUAACAUCACCAGUUGAUUUUCUUAAUGAUAUAUCAUGGGGUGGAAUAAAAGCUUUAGCACAAAUGCAAGAAUUUACAAAUCUUGAUCGUGAUAUUGAAGGUUCAGCUAAACGAUGGAAAAAAUUUGUUGAAAUGGAAGCACCUGAAAAAGAAAAAUUACCACAAGAAUGGAAAAAUAAAACUGCAUUACAAAAAUUAUGUAUGAUGCGUGCACUUCGACCUGAUCGAAUGCUUUAUGCAUUAAGUUUAUUUGUUGAAGAAAAAUUAGGCAAACAAUUUGUUGAAAAUCGUGCUGUACCAUUUAAUAAAUCAUAUGAAGAAACAAAUACAAGUACACCUGUCUUCUUUAUUCUUUCACCUGGUGUUGAUCCAAUUAAGGAUGUUGAAGCAUUAGGAAAAAAAUUAGGUUUUACAUCAAAUCAAAAAACUUUUCAUAAUAUUUCACUUGGUCAAGGCCAACAAGUUGUUGCUGAAGAAGCAAUGGAUAUUGCUGCAAAAGAAGGUCAUUGGGUUGUAUUACAAAAUAUACAUUUAGUCGCGAAGUGGUUACCACAAUUAGAAAAGAAAUUAGAACAAUGUUGGGAAACAGGUCAUGAAAACUUUCGAAUGUAUAUGUCAGCUGAACCAUCAGGUGAUCCAGCAUUUCAUUGUAUACCACAAGGUAUUCUUGAGUCAGCUGUUAAGAUUACAAAUGAACCUCCAACAGGAAUGCAAGCUAAUUUACAUAAAGCACUUGAUUUAUUUAAUCAAGAUACACUUGAAAUGUGUGCAAAAGAAACAGAAUUUAAAUCAAUUUUAUUUGCACUUUGUUAUUUCCAUGCUGUUGUUGCCGAAAGACGAAAAUUCGGUGCACAAGGUUGGAAUCGAAACUAUCCAUUUAAUAAUGGUGAUCUUACUAUAUCAGUCAAUGUACUUUACAAUUAUUUGGAAGCUAAUUCCAAAGUUCCAUGGGAAGAUCUUCGAUAUUUAUUCGGUGAAAUUAUGUACGGUGGUCAUAUUACUGAUGAUUGGGAUCGUCGUUUGUGCAAAACAUAUCUUGAAGAAUAUAUGAAUCCAACAAUGUUUGAUGGUGAACUUUAUCUCGCACCAAAUUUUCCAAUUCCACCAUCAACUGAUUAUAAAGGUUAUCAUAGUUAUAUAGAUGAAUCUCUUCCACCUGAAUCGCCAUAUCUCUAUGGUUUACAUCCGAAUGCUGAAAUUGAUUUUCUAACAACAACAAGUGAAAAUCUCUUUAAAACAGUAUUAGAAAUGCAACCACGUGAUACAGGUGCCGGUGCUGGUGGUGAAGGUGCUGGAAUGACACGUGAAGAAAAAAUAAAAGCAAAACUAGAUGAAAUUAUGGAUAAAUUACCUGAUGAAUUUCCUGUUCGUGAACUUUAUGCUAAAGCUGAAGAAAAAACUCCAUAUACAGUUGUUGCUUUACAAGAAUGUGAACGUAUGAAUAUAUUAACAUCAGAAAUGCGUCGAUCAUUAAAAGAACUUAAUCUUGGUCUUAAAGGUGAACUAACAAUAACAUCUGACAUGGAACAAUUACAAGAUGCAUUAUUUUUUGAACAAGUACCUGCUGCAUGGACAAAACGUGCUUAUCCAUCAAUGUUUAGUCUUGGUUUAUGGUAUAGUGAUUUAUUAUUACGUAUUAAAGAAUUAGAAUUGUGGACAAAUGAUUUUCAAUUACCAGCUGCUGUUUGGCUUGGUGGUUUAUUUAAUCCUCAAUCAUUUUUAACAGCUAUUAUGCAAACAACAGCACGUAAAAAUGAAUGGCCAUUAGAUAAAAUGUGUUUAUCAGUUGAUGUAACGAAAAAAACCCGGGAAGAAUUAGGUGGUGCACCACGUGAAGGUGCAUAUGUUCAUGGACUGUUUAUGGAAGGUGCAAGAUGGGAUACACAAACAGGUCAAUUAAGUGAAGCUAGAAUAAAAGAAUUAACACCAAUGAUGCCUGUACUUUUUGUUAAAGCUAUACCUGUCGAUCGACGUGAAACGAAGAAUAUUUAUGAAUGUCCAGUUUAUAAAACAAAACAACGUGGCCAAACAUUUGUUUGGACAUUUAAUUUACGUACAAAAGAAAAACCAGCUAAAUGGAUCUUAGGUGGUGUGUGUCUUCUAUUAGCUGUGUGA